AUGGAUCUCAUCUGCUCUUCUCCGGUCGUCCCUGCACCGAUUCAGGAGAUGGUCGCCGAGCCGAUCGACAUCAUACUUGAUGAGCCUACGGACACCUGUGCGAUGGUGGAAGAGAAAGCUGAGGAGAUUAUCGAGGCUGAGAAUGAGAGGCUUGACCAACUGAUGAUAGAAUUUACCAGAGGUUUUGAUCCUGGAACUUUCGUCGAUGAGGUCUCUAACUCGCUCCCCGGUAUCCUCAAAGAUAUAUUCCCAGGUUCCUACGAGCAUCUUCUGAGCAUGCUGUUCGAAAGUGAUGACAAGAUGCACGCUACCCAGAUGAAACUAGAGGAAUGGCUUUUGAAACGAUAUCCGCAGGUUCUCAACAAGAUCGACACCGAACGUCAAGAAACGAACAUAACCGAUGAGACGUAUUUCGGGGCUGAGAUUGAGAUCUUGAGGAAGAUGUUAGCAUUCCUGCGCAAGGAAUCUGAUAAGCCGGUGUUCUGGCUCAACUCUCGGCGUGCAAGUCCUAGCAAAGCUCGUGAGCAGCUUGAAGCAUCUAUCAGGGUCAUCGAAUUGUUCAAAAGCGAUGUCAUGGUUGCGAUGAAACUGGACACGGAGGACAGAAAAAUCUACAAUCCUCUUCCCGUGUCCACAGAACGCACCGCUCUGCUGAGUAUCAAACAACUUCGGAUUGACGCAUGCAAGGCCUCACUUUCUUGGGAAGGCUAUAUGGACUCUGCCAUCGUACUCACUUCUUUCUUUCACGCUUACAAGGCCUAUACCUGCGCACACAAGCCGGACAAAGCCCGUGCAUGGGGCUGGCUCCCACCCCAGGGACUUGCGCCGCCACGCUUGUCCGCAGAGAUAGCUCAGGUAGGCGACUUGGUAAGAUGGGAGUUCGAGCAUGAGAACGGAGCCUUCGAUCUUUUACUCAAGACUGCACUUUGGCUGGGUUUGGCGAGAGGCCUCCCAGCUGUGCAUCUGUUCUGUGAUGUCGCUCGACUUUUCACGACUCAUAAGCCCUCCCCAACGGCAAACGAGCCAUAUAUCCGAUUUCUGCGGCAUCUGGCCCAGACAAGAGUCUCCAUUGCCGGAAUCAAGUCCACGCCGUCCACUCCUGUCCCAUUCAAGCAGUCCGACGAAAAUACCAAUCGUGGUUACUUCGAAGACGUAGUUGAUUCAGACAAAAACCUGGAGAAGGACCUAACAAAGACCCUUUCAUUGCUUCGCAUCAACACGGCCAGGGAUAUAAAGCUAACUGCUACGCCUCCCAAAUGCUCGUUUCGCAAGAAGGCGAAGAUGAUCGAGAAGGCUUGUGCUGUGGAAGAGAACCAACACGGAGAAGUGGCCCCAGAAGGAUCCGGCAACUUCCUGUGA